AAAAUUAAAACGGAAAUAGAAUAAAAAUAUAUAAUUAUAAAAAAUUGAAUAUAAUAAUCUAAUUGGCUCUUAUUAUUUCUUACUGACAUUCUAUCAUCAUCGAUGUUUAGAUCUGCAUUAUUUGGAAUAACAAGAGGAAACCUACAAACGAGAUCGUUUAGUAGAUUAUCCAAGGGACAGAACGCUAGACCUUCCUUCAGGUCUGCAUUCCCUGCUCUCCAAGCGAGAACAAUGUUCAUACAAACGGAGACAACACCUAACGAGGACAGCUUGAAGUUCAUACCAGGCGUCCAAGUCAUGUCAAACAACGCUACGGCUGAGUUUACAGAAGCGAAAUCAUCAAUUGGUUCACCACUGGCGAUGCGUUUAUUCGGUAUCGACGAUAUAAGGAGCGUUUUCUAUGGUCCAGAUUUCGUUACCAUCAGCAAACAGGAGGAUAGCAAGUGGAACGUUCUCAAACCUGAGAUAUACUCCAUUCUGAUGGAACAUUUCUCCUCAAAUACUCCUUUGUUUAGAGACGCUGCAGCUGAAGAAGCUGCAGGUCCACAAGAUACAAAGAUAUUAGACACUGAUACGGAAAUUGUAGCCAUGAUAAAGGAGCUCCUCGAUACGCGUAUCAGACCAGCCAUAAUGGAAGACGGUGGUGAUAUUGAAUACAGAGGUUUUGAAGAGGACACCGGAAUGGUCAAACUCAAGCUCAAGGGAAGUUGCAGAGGUUGCUCAUCCUCCUCGGUCACUCUCAAAUCUGGUAUCGAAAGAAUGCUAAUGCAUUAUAUACCAGAAGUUAAAACCGUCGAGCAGGUCCUCGACCAGGAGGAAGAGAUCGCACUCGAUGAGUUCUCCAAAUUUGAGAAACGCCUUGAAGAGAAAGACAAAAAGAAGCAAGAUUUGAGUCAAUAUAUGUCUCUUUAGAUUUUAGAUUUUACGAUAUAUUAAUGAUAUUUACAAUGGUAACAAUGGAAAUGACUGUGUUGAUGCAGAUUUUGAGGUAGAUUGUGAAACUGUGUUGUUAAUAUUAUUAUCCCGCACCCGAGCUUUUGGUGGUAAAAAGAUGCUUAAAGAGAGUUUUCGCCGUGGUAUCAAAGCUUCAGUUGUAUUAGUUGAACGUGAUUGUGAGUGACUGUUCGUUGGCGUCGGACUAUCACUCAAGUUGAAAUAAAUUGCAAUUGCCUUGAGAACAUCUGCUUGAAUGAGAAAAAUAACGAAUGCGACUAAGCCAGUAGCGGCGAAUGUCAAUGUUGGGCCUGUCUUAAAACCUUGAAAUUCGAUCGUUGCUUGUAAUAAAACGACCAAACUUGUUAUACUAUAAUAAAGAAAGAGAACGAUGCGUGAAGUGAGUUGUAUAUCAAUUGUUUUGCGUACUUUCACAAGACCUAUUUGUGAUACACGUAAUCUAAUAAAUAUAAUUGCUGUCCAAAAUGCGACGAUCAUGAGUACGAACAUAACAACCGUACUAGUUAAUGCCGUUGCCAGAUUUAGUUUCUCAUUUAGUAUAACGCAAAAGUAGGGCGUCCGUAUGACGUUAUUGGUAUCUUGUAUUGAGGCCACAAGAUGUGCGAUAAAGAAUGGCAUACCAAGUAGCCAGGGUAUGACGACAAUGAUAGGGGAAUCUAUGUAAUCCUUUAAUUGACUGAAUGAUGUUGCUUUAGCCGCGUUGACUGUAGCCCAUAUUCGCAUAGUUACGAUAAGUGAUGUGCAACUAUUCAUAAUCAAACCUGUACCCCUAACGGUGGCAUUAAUUAUACGAAUUGCCGUGGGUAUAUCCUCCGUUAAACUAUUUUUGUGUCCAGUCCAUAAAAGAAUGGCAUCAAACCAGAGUAUAAUGCAAAAAAGUGCGUAAAACUGUAAUAAAAUGAUAUUCUUCUGUAUUCGUUUACUUGCUAUAGUGAUAAUAAAUAAUAUUAAAUGA